AUGCCCGGCGCUGCUCUCCAGAUUGCCCUCGUCGUCUGUGUCGCCUGUUUGAAUCUGUCGAUACCACGUCGCCCAGAUGUCUUUCGAAACGGAAAUCAAGUUGACCGGGAAAAUACAGCAUCCUUCUUGAAGUGGGUGAGCUUUAGCUGGGCGGAAACACUGUUGAAAAUAUCCAAGAAGUCUCCAUUGCAGAUGAGUGAUCUACCAGAGCUCUCCUACAGCUUGCGCACGGAAUGUGGUGUGGGUGCCUGCCGCCAGAUGAGUGAAAACAACAACGCAGGGGCCCGAGGAGUGUGGAUAAUGAUCCUGAGAUCGCAAAGUCGGCACUUGAUCUGCCAAGCAGUCGUCGCCGUAGCCUUGUCAGUGCUCAGCUUCGUUCCUCAGUUUUCCUUGAUGCAAAUCCUCGCCGGGCUGGAGGAUCGUCAGAAAGGAGAGGGUGAUGAAAUUCGCCUGUGGAAGUUUGUCAUCCUGCUGGGCCUGUCAUCGGUCGUGGUGGCGAUAUUGGAGAUGAUCAAGUACUGGAUUUCAUACAACAAGCUCACCGUCGGGGUACAAGAGCUGCUGACGGUGGCGAUCUUUGAUAAGGCAGUCCGACUGAAUGCAGGCCGAACUUCCAAUGAAGACGAAUCCCCGGGCAGUGACUCCGUACAGAAUCCGGUCAACACAGCUGCGAUCGAUGCGAAGAACGUGGCGGACUUUCUUUGCUGGUGCUUUCAACUCUACGAGACACCGCUGAAACUCACUAUUGCCUCGGUUUUUCUUUUCAAGCUGCUUGGCUUGAACGGUCUGUUUGCCUGUGUCGUUGUGGUUUCCAUCAUGGGCUUCGCCAACUCGUUCACUGCGACCAAGUACAACGAAAGUCAGGACAGACUGAUGGGAGACCGCGAUCACAAACUGGCAAUGAUUACCGAAAUACUGCGAGGUAUUCAGCAUGUCAAGUUCUGUGCCCUGGAAGACCGGUGGGAAAAGAGAAUCCACGUCCUGCGAGAGGAUGAAAUGCGCUCGCUAUGGUCCACCUACCUGUGGCAGAUGCUCAUGUUCACCUUGUGCUUCCUGGGCCCGAUCGUGCUCUCUGCAACUUCCUUGACUGUGUACGCCGUGGCCAAUGGUAAACUCUCCCCCACUACGGCCUUCACUACGGUGGCCGUGUUGAACUCGAUCGAGAUGUCCCUGUCGCUUCUGCCCGAUGUCAUGGCAAUGUUUGGAAGCGCCUCUGUCAGUAUUCAGCGCAUCAGCACAUUCUUUGCCGCGCCAGAUCAUUCUUCGAGCGUUGUCUCUUCAAAUAGCGUCGAAUUCCAAGACGCAGCAAUCGCGUGGCCGGGGUCUGCUACCGACCAGCAAGAUGCGAAUCUAAAAGGGUUGACUCUGCAAUUUCCUCCUAAUUCUUUAAGUAUCAUCAGUGGCCCCACAGGAGCAGGAAAGAGUCUGCUUCUCGCUGCAAUCCUCGGUGAAUGUGAUAUUCUCGCUGGAAGUGUCCACGCACCAGCACCUGUUCGAUUGGGGGAGCAGGUUUCGUCAGGGAUUGCCUACGUUCCCCAAGUCCCCUGGAUCGAGCGAGGAACAAUCAAGAAUAACAUCCUCUUCGGAGCCCAUUUCAACGCAAGUCGCUAUUCCAAGGUUCUCUUUGCAUGCGCUUUGGGUAAAGAUUUGGAGCAGCUCCCCCAGGGUGACUCGACCGAAAUUGGCACCAACGGAGCAAACUUGAGCGGAGGGCAGAAAUGGCGUGUGUGUCUUGCUCGGGCAUUGUAUAGUUCAGCGCACACCCUGAUUCUUGACGACAUUCUCAGUGCCGUCGAUGUCCAUACCCGGGUCCACUUGUAUCGCCACGCCUUGAUAGGAGAAAUGGCACAAGACAGAACUCGAAUCCUAGUGACCCAUCACAUUGAUCUCUGUCUGCCCCAAGCCAAAUAUUUGGUCCGGCUCCGGGAGGGGUCUGCUGAAGGGAUGUUUGUGGAUGGUGUUCCCGGUCAUGAAAUACGCGAAUUGAGUACCAUCGAAGUUGGCGAUGCGGACGGCCUGCCCGAUUUCAACCAACAAAUCGACCAUAUCGAACUUCCUACUAUAGCUGAUGACAAAGCGCGCGAAGAAAUGGCCUGGGAAGUGUGCAAGUCGUACGUGAGCCGAGGUGGCCGAUCGUCUGACUGGAUACUGAUGAUCGUGUCGUUUCUUGGGUACAGUGUGCUCAUGUUGGGCCGAGCUGCUUGGGUACAAUUCUGGACAAACCAGACCAGCAACCCAGAGAGUAUCCCGGGCGAUUCCACAGGAAGUCAUCAUGGCUUGCUGUAUUAUCUUUCCAUCUACUUAGGACUAUCAGCCGUGGCAUGCAUUAUUGGAACGCUUCGAUGCUACUUGAUUGUCCGCAUUUCAUAUCGUGCUUCCCAAAAGCUCUUCAAUCAGAUGCUCCACACGAUUCUUCGGGCGCCUCUGCAAUGGCACAGUACCACGCCAUUUGGUCGCAUCUUGAAUCGAUUUUCAUCCGACCUCAGCGUGCUCGAUUCCAGACUGACAGCGGAUCUGCGCAGUACGCUUGACCUCGCAACGGAGGUUGCCAUGUCCAUGGUUGCCGGGGUGUUCGUAAAUCCCCAGAUCAUGCUGGUUGCCGCCGCACUGGUGGCUCUGUAUCUGCAUUACGCGAGGCAGUACCUCAAGGCAGCGAGGCAGUUGAAGCGAUUCGAGAGCUCAGCUAAAAGCCCUAUUCUUGGUCAAUUUGAUUCCUCUAUUGCAGGACUUUCGGUAAUCCGAGCAUUCGGCCGCGUGGAAGAGUACCGAGAGUUCUUUCGCGACAAAGUCGAUUGCCACGCCCGUGCAAUGUGGCAUCUCUUGUUGUUGAAUCGGUGGCUGGCGUUCCGCAACAGCAUGAUCGGUGCCGUGUUCUCUGCCUCCUCGACCGCGUUGAUUGUGUCGUUGGGAAAUGUCGAUGCUGCCGCCGCGGGAUUUGCAAUCACCUUUACCAUGCAGAUGUCCACCAUCAUGGGGCUAGCUAUCGGGUACUAUGCCAGUCUUGAGAAUGACAUGAACAGCGUGGAGCGGAUUGUGGACUAUUCCCGAGUCGAAAAAGAAAACUAUAAAGGCCUCAAGGCUCCUGCAGCGUGGCCCACUGAGGGAAGGCUUGAAGUCUCGGAUUUGGUGGUCCACCAUGCUCCUCAUUUACCGCCUGUGCUGCAGCAAGUCAACUUUUCCAUUCCGGGGAGUAUGCGAGUAGGCGUGGUCGGACGCACUGGCGCUGGAAAAUCGUCGCUUGUGCAGGCCUUAUUUCGGAUCCUCGAGGCCGACCAGGGCCAAAUCUCGGUGGAUGGAAUCGACAUUUCCCAAAUCAGGCUGCAGGAUCUCCGGAGUCGGAUCGCCGUCAUUCCCCAGAGCCCGGUCAUCUUCCGCGGGUCCAUCCGAUCCAACUUGGACCCUUUCAAUGACUACCAAGAAAGGGAGCUGGUGCAUGCAUUGGACAGUGUGGGGUGGCUACCAGAGCUUGAGUUUGCAGAGGCUGGCACACCCUCCCCACUGGAGCGAACCGUGACGGAGGGCGGUAACAAUUUAUCUUCAGGUCAGCGACAGCUGCUGUGCAUUGCCCGGGAGAUCGUCCACAAACCAAAAAUCUUGGUCUUGGAUGAGGCGACAUCGGCGGUGGAUAAGAGUACAGAUCAGCUCAUUCAACAAUCAGUGCGAUCUGCUUUUCGCAGGGGCGAAACGACGCUAGUGGUCAUUGCCCAUCGGUUGAGUACAGUGGCUGACUUUGACCGGAUUCUCGUGCUCGAUGCCGGCCAAGUUGCUGAGUUCGGAAGUCCGCAGGAGCUACUUGGCCGGGAAAAUGGCAUGUUCCGCGAAAUGGUUGAACAGGAUUCCGAAAAGAAGACGCUCAAAGAGAUCAUCAAAAGUGGUUAA